CUGAUAUUUGGUUACAAUUUUGAAAAGCAGGAAGUUCCGGAAAAACAGGAUGAAUAAUAGAUAGUUUUUUGUUACACGCUCAAAUGCACAUACGUACACAUGUAUACUUCUAGCCUACAUACCUUGCAACAUUUUUAAUUUUAAUUAAAAACAUACAAUGUUUCAAUUGAAUAGAAACUUGAUUAAUAAGUAUAAUGGAACUAUACAUAUCUUUCUACUUAUUUUAGUGCUAGUUAUUUUAUUUUUGUAUCUUGGCAAUGGUGGUGAAGAUGGAGAAAGUAAAUCAAGAAGCACUUCAUCCCUAAAAGAAUGGAUUAAUGACGAAUCAUCCCAAGUGGAACAGGAUGACGAAAGAUUGGUCCAAUUUGUGAGAAAAAAUCACAUAUUCCAAGCAAAUAAACUUCCUUAUCGGUUCGAUAAUGGUGACGAUACCGGAAAUCCAUCAGCCGGACAAUUGCAAUCUAUUUUACCUUUACUUAGAAAGGAUCCAGGUGGCUUCUACGUAGAGGCGGGGGCGAAUGAUGGUGAAUGGGGGGCCAACACGCUCUAUCUGGAACGCCAUCUAGGUUGGAAUGGUCUUUUGGUGGAAGCAUCUCCAGCAACGUUUGAAAAACUCAUUAGGAAAAAUAGGAAAGCAUUCCACUCAAAUGCAGCCUUAUCAACGAAACCGAGACCUAUGAUCGCAACUUUCUACGAGAAUCCGACAGCCUCAAUUUGGGGUGGAUUAACGUACAGAUUUUAUCAUAAGAAUGACCACGCCGUAAAAGUACAAUGCGUUCCACUAUACACACUUCUCCUCGCAAUCAAUCGAACGACCGUGGAUUUUUUGAGCUUGGAUUUAGAAGGGUCUGAACUGGAUGUGCUGCGAACGAUACCUUUUGACAAGGUGAAUAUCAAGUCUGUUGCAGUUGAAGUUAUCAACGGGAAGGAGGGACCAGAGCCGGUGAAGGAACUAAUGAGCAAGAAUGGUUAUCAUUUACACGAAACAGUUGGAGAUUUAGGCGACUUAAUCUUUAUCAAUGAAGAACUAUUUCAAUUGAAAAAUAAGAAAGGUAGUCAGUAGACUGUUCAUGCAUGUACGUAUUUCUGGAUACUAACAAUGCGUAAGAUACGCUGCAAGAAAAUAACGAAUGCAAAGAAUUGACCCAGUUUAUAAAUUAGCGAAUCUGAUUUUUUGAUUUAUGUAUUCUGACAUGUACAUAUUUAAUAAAAUCGAAGUGUUUAUUGAUGAUUUAUAAAACAUAA